UAUGCGUGCUGGUGCCACCGCCCCGUGUCUCUAUACAGCUGGCGGCGAUGUUAUGUGUCUGUGUCUGUGUGUGUCAGGCGACGGUGGAUCUGUUCACGCGCCUGUAUGCGUGCUGGUGCCACCGCCCCGUGUCUCUAUACAGCUGGCGGCGAUGUUAUGUGUCUGUGUCUGUAUGUGUCAGGCGACGGUGGAUCUGUUCACGCGCCUGUAUGCGUGCUGGUGCCACCGCCCCGUGUCUCUAUACAGCUGGCGGCGAUGUUAUGUGUCUGUGUCUGUGUGUGUCAGGCGACGGUGGAUCUGUUCACGCGCCUGUAUGCGUGCUGGUGCCACCGCCCCGUGUCUCUAUACAGCUGGCGGCGAUGUUAUGUGUCUGUGUCUGUGUGUGUCAGGCGACGGUGGAUCUGUUCACGCGCCUGUAUGCGUGCUGGUGCCACCGCCCCGUGUCUCUAUACAGCUGGCGGCGAUGUUAUGUGUCUGUGUCUGUGUGUCAGGCGACGGUGGAUCUGUUCACGCGCCUGUAUGCGUGCUGGUGCCACCGCCCCGUGUCUCUAUACAGCUGGCGGCGAUGUUAUGUGUCUGUGUCUGUGUGUGUCAGGCGACGGUGGAUCUGUUCACGCGCCUGUAUGCGUGCUGGUGCCACCGCCCCGUGUCUCUAUACAGCUGGCGGCGAUGUUAUGUGUCUGUGUCUGUGUGUGUCAGGCGACGGUGGAUCUGUUCACGCGCCUGUAUGCGUGCUGGUGCCACCGCCCCGUGUCUCUAUACAGCUGGCGGCGAUGUUAUGUGUCUGUGUCUGUGUGUCAGGCGACGGUGGAUCUGUUCACGCGCCUGUAUGCGUGCUGGUGCCACCGCCCCGUGUCUCUAUACAGCUGGCGGCGAUGUUAUGUGUCUGUGUCUGUGUGUGUCAGGCGACGGUGGAUCUGUUCACGCGCCUGUAUGCGUGCUGGUGCCACCGCCCCGUGUCUCUAUACAGCUGGCGGCGAUGUUAUGUGUCUGUGUCUGUGUGUGUCAGGCGACGGUGGAUCUGUUCACGCGCCUGUAUGCGUGCUGGUGCCACAGCCCCGUGUCUCUGCUGGCGCUGUGUCUGCUCACCCACAACUACCGACACUGCAAUCAUCUCAUCGCUACGUUGUAUCCUUUUUAACAACAUGCAGUCAAACGUUAGAGAAAGAUAACGAGUGAGCAUCGAAGGCAUCGAUUCUUUCCUACGAGUUAUACCGUUAUUUCCUUAACGAGAGUUUCUAGCGGCGACUUGGAAAUUACUGUGGACUUUUUGACGGAAGUGGACAAAUUAGUACAAUUAAUCGAGUCUCCGAUAUUCGCCUGUAAGUAUAGGACCUGCACACAUUGAAUGAAUAUUAUGUAUAUCGCAACCAACUGGUUAACACAGUCGUCCAAUUUCUAACUUUUACCCGUGACCUGCAGGACCCAAACAAAUUCGUUGUUUAUCAUUUUAUGUUUUAAAUCAUUUAAAUGUAUUAUCGUUGUAUGGUCUCCUUCCAGGACAUACCUUACCUACUAGAGAGGACAGUUGUUUAGACCAUGAAAUGAUAAAACUUGAUAAUUCUUCCAAUUUGGCUUUCGUUGCGAUUUUGCACACCUCCGUGACAGAUCAUAACUUAAUAAGCUUAAUUAUUUCACAAGUACACAAACAAGUAAUACUACCAAGACAUAAAACCAUUCUUGAUUAUGAAAAGGCAUAUAAUUUACUGAUUAAUAUCGCUUAAUAUCCACAAUAGCAAUCCUCAUCUUUUUUUCACUAGCGUUAAUAGACAUGAUUAGAGCAGCUAU